AUGCGCCUCCUCAAUACGCAAACCAUCGUGGUCGAGUCAUUCGACGAUGACAAAAUCCCUUCGUACGCCAUUCUGUCCCACACCUGGGAGGCAGAGGAGGUCACUUUCCAGGACAUGGAGCCUGGUAGGGCGACAAGCAAAAAAGGUUGGGCAAAGGUCAAGGACAGUUGCUCUAUGGCCCGCAAGAAUGGAUUCGACUACGUCUGGCUGGACACUUGCUGCAUCGACAAGACCAGCAGCGCCGAGUUGUCCGAGGCCAUCAACUCUAUGUACCACUGGUACCAGGAAGCCACAGUGUGCUACGCCUUUCUUGCAGAUGUCUCCGAUUUAGCUGGGCUCCCCAAAAGCAAGUGGUUCACUAGAGGGUGGACGUUGCAAGAGCUGAUUGCCCCCUCGUCAAUGAUUUUCCUCAGCCAGACAUGGGAAGAGCUAGGCACCAAAGCAACACUUGAUCAAGUCAUAUCAGAACGCACUAGAAUACCCAAAGCCAUCCUUUCGGGGGACCAAGAUCUAGAGGCCGCCAGUGUUGCCCAGAGAAUGUCAUGGGCAGCAGAUCGAAGGACCACAAGGAGAGAAGACCUUGCCUAUUGUCUGAUGGGAAUCUUCGGCAUCAACAUGCCACUGCUUUAUGGGGAGGGAGAAAGGGCCUUUAUCAGGCUCCAAGAGGAAAUCAUGAGAGUCUCAGACGAUCACAGUCUCUUCGCAUGGAAGUAUCCAAACGGUCGUGGCGGGCUUCUCGCUGUUAGCCCAGCUGCAUUCAAAGACUCUGGCAACAUCAUUCCCUGGAAUCCCUUCAUGCCGUACAACAGUCCCUUCACCCUUACGAACAAGGGAGUCCACCUGGACCUUCCCUUCAUUGGCUUGGGUGAUAGGGGCACCGGCCUUGCUGUCCUCUCCUGCACCGAGGUUGGCGAUCCGGACAAACUGGUUGCGAUCUAUCUGCGGGACUCAUUUCUGACGAUGGAACAUUUUGAGAGAUGCAAGAGCGAACAAUUCGACCUGAUCAACCUGAAAAAAUUCAGACCUGCGCAAUAUCCAACCAGAAGCUUGUGCAUCAGGUUGCGAGGUCGGAGUCAACGACCCAAAGGGGCUUUAGACGAGAAGGCUCAAGAUGAUCGAUCGCGAUUAGCUGGCAAAUAG